AGGAGUGCAGGCAGCUCCAGUCCAGCAGGUGGCGGUAGAACGCUGGGCUUUCCGUAAUGUACCGAAACGAAGAACAGGAGGUUUGUUUCCAGUCAGCUCAGCUGGACGUCCAGGGAGAAAAAUCAGGGGAUUUAUGUAGUUUAUUGCGCUCUGGAUUUACCAAUUCAUAGUCCAGAGAGCUGGGACUAACCGUACCAGACAGCCGGUUCCGGACGGCUUCGGACCGGUUCUGAGCAGCGUUUUGGAACUGGAGCAGGCUGGUUCAAAUCCAGAACUUUCUUUCCUUCUCAGAAACACAAGCAGUUACUGCAGGUUCCCGUUUUGGCGAGCAGCCACUCAAACUUCCUGAUCAGAUUGUGGAUCAAACCCCUAUCCCGCAGCAACUCUGAUCCUGAGGCCCGUUUGUGCCGCUUUUUAGCUCCCUACCUCACAGCAACCGGUGUCUGUGCACCUCCGCAGGCAAGAUGAAGCUCCGCCACUGCUGCACGAGCCUCCUGCUCCUCUUCACCUCCAUCUCAGCUCACAGUGACUUCUUCACCUCCAUCGGUCACAUGACAGACCUUCUGUUCAUGGAGAAGGACCUGGUCUCCUCGCUGAAGGACUACAUCAGAGCAGAGGAGGACAGACUGCAGCGACUCAAACGGUGGGCGGACAAACUGGACGUCCUCUCGACUGCUGGCUCUCAGGAUCCAGAAGGCUUCCUGGGUCACCCGGUAAACGCCUUCAAACUGAUAAAGAGGCUCAACACGGAGUGGACGGAGCUCGAGAGCCUGGUACUGACUGACCUGUCAGAUGCGUUUGUCUCCAACCUCACCAUCCAGAGGCAGCACUUCCCGAACGACGACGACCAGACAGGAGCAGCAAAAGCUCUGAUGAGGCUGCAAGACACCUACAAGCUGGACACGGAGACCAUCUCGAGCGGACAGCUGCCCGGCUCGUCCUCGGUGGCCACGGUGAGCAGCGGUCUCACCGUAGAAGACUGCUACGAUCUGGGAAAGGUGGCGUAUUCUGAGGUGGAUUAUUACCACACGGAGCUGUGGAUGGCUCAGGCCUUAAAGCAGCUGGACCAGGGGGAGGAGUCCAGCACCGUGGACGCCGCAGCCAUCCUGGACUACCUGAGCUACUCCGUCUACCAGCAGGGGGAGCUGGAGAGAGCGCUUGACUUCACUAAAAGGCUCCUGGAGCUUGACCCAUCACACCAGCGGGCUAACGGGAACCUGAAGUACUUCGAGUACCAGCUAUCCAAACAGAACAAGCUAGUGGGCCAGGAUGACGAGGAGGAGAGGCAGAGGACGAGGAGGGAGAGCCGAGGCCGCCGUGACGACUACCUGCCAGAGAGGAAGCAGUACGAGAAGCUGUGCCGCGGCGAGGGCAUACGCAUGACUCCUCGCAGGCAGAGCCGUCUCUUCUGCCGUUACUACGACAACGCUCGGCACCCGAGGUUUGUGAUCGGACCGCUGAAGCAGGAGGACGAGUGGGACAGCCCUCACAUCGUCCGUUACCACGACAUUGUGUCGGACAGAGACAUGGAGAAGGUGAAGGAGUUGGCCAAACCCAGGCUCAGACGAGCCACGGUGCAUGACCCUCAGACAGGCAAACUGAUCACAGCUCAUUACAGAGUUUCCAAGAGCGCCUGGCUCGGAGCGUACGAGCAUCCUGUGGUGGAUAAAAUCAACCGGAGGAUCGAGGACAUAACGGGGCUGGAUGUCAGCACGGCUGAGGAGCUACAGGUGGCCAACUACGGCGUGGGAGGGCAGUAUGAGCCUCAUUUUGACUUUGGACGGAAAGAUGAACCAGAUGCGUUUGAAGAGCUGGGAACCGGGAACCGGAUCGCCACCUGGCUGCUCUACAUGAGUGACGUACAGGCAGGGGGCGCCACUGUCUUCACAGACAUCGGUGCUGCUGUUAAGCCUAAAAAGGGCUCGGCGGUGUUUUGGUUUAACCUGUAUCCCAGUGGGGAGGGGGACUAUCGGACCCGACAUGCUGCCUGCCCAGUGCUGCUGGGCAACAAGUGGGUUUCCAACAAAUGGAUCCAUGAACGGGGACAGGAGUUCAGGAGGCGCUGCGGACUUCACUGGACCGACUGACACUCCUUCAUCUCCAACAUUAUCCUCCUUAUGCUGUUCUUCUCUUCCCUACUGAGCUGCAGGGCUUCUCUCCUCAGAUCUGAUCUGACACUCGUUUUGUGUGUGUAUCUUGUGUUUUGCACCGUUCCAGCCAUGCUGGAAGUGCUGGUCCUCACAAGGUAGUAUAGGAUCGGUGUCCUCGUAACUCCAUAUAUACGUGUGUGUGUGUGUGUGUGUGUGUGUGUGUGUGUGUGUGUGUGUGUGUGUGUGUGUGUGUGUGCACGCGCACAAAGAACGCUGAGCGCUCUCCUCUCUGUCAAGCUGGUUGUCUGAUCAUCAUCUUGAAUGUGUGUUUAAUUGCUGGGUCAGAGCAGCUACAACUUUGUUGCUGGUACGCAAGAACAUAUCCACCUGUCUGGUCUUAGGUUGCCCCUCUGCAGGAGUUUUCCUUUCUGUCACUGUGAAGUUAAAGGUCCAGUGGGAGGCAAGUAUUUAUAGGAACCAGUCUUUGGUUAAUCACCCAGGUAGGAGUUUUAAUAGCGGUGGGAAUGUUUUAACAAAGUUCUGUGGAAGAAGAGAGCUAUUCAGAGGAUAGCAAAGAAGAAGGUAAAUAUACAAAAAGGUUUUUCAGGAUAGUCUAAUGACCAGCACACAGUUUUUGACCCCAAAUGAAAGGUUUCCGUCUGUAGCUGACUCAUCACCUACCCACACAACCUUGUUCUCAGAAACUUUAAGUGUUUAUAUCAACUCCAGUCUGCGUAUAUCCACUGAGCAUUGAGGUUUGGGGCAAAUUAGAGAGCUGAUCUGCUGAUAGUCACUCCUCCCCAGUACUGCUUACAGGAGUGUUGAUACAGCAGACACAAACCAAAACAUUGUAAAACCUUAAAUCCUCCACGUUCCAAGUCCCAUCUGCCAACUGAUUUCGUCCAACGUUCAGUUCAUUUCAGCCUAUUUAUGCAACCCCAAUUCGCAACUCUUUUCAUUUUACAGGACAACCAGAUCUAAUUUAUAACCAGAAAUAUUAAAAAUUAAUUUACAUGAAAAUUCUUUUACAUCCCUUUGACUUUGACCCCGAUUAUGACACGUUGAAGUCAGAUGUAGUUUUUAACGCCAGUUUUAUAUCAAACAAAGCCUAGCUGAUCGCUGAAAUCUCCUGCUGAGCAAGCAUACGGCGACAGUAGACGGUGAUUAGCUUCCAACAUGGAAAUACCAGGGAAUUCUGCUUAAGGAUAAUGUUCAUAUCAAGUGGCUAAACUGCUGUUGGAAAAAUCCUAUUCAUGUUGGCACAGUCGCUUGUUUAGGUUCAUCUUUGAAGGAUUUGUUUUACUCGUCAGUGUCAAAUGGCACUUAGAAGUGUCAGGCUUCUGUCUAAUUGACAGGACCAUUGUAUUUAUGACUCCAGAGACAGAUGAUUUAGGGCCCUGCUCAGCGUUCUUUGUUCUCUACGCCAGACACUGAAUGAAUCACUGAAAGCAGACAGAAACACUCGUUCAUGUUGAGGCCGCUGCCGCCUCCUGUUACAGUUUCCACUCCGCAUCCUCUGUGACUGUUACCAGAGCAACCACUCCAGCCUAUCAAAGUGUUAAUACUGUGCUUAUCUCAGAUAUUGCCACCUUCCUAAUGCCUGUAGUAAUUUUUUACCAAAAAUUAUUAGUAUUUUGUUUCUUUGCCUAAAUCAUCUCCUCAGGAUUCUGGUCACCUCCUGCAGAAUUGUCUAAAUCCUUAGUUAAGUAAAAUUUUGAAAUUCCACCCAUGUUGUAUAAUAGCCUAUGACUUAGGCCAUAUUAUUUUGUGUUUUCUGAAAAAAAAAAAAUUAAAAAAUUACUUGUGCCAUUAUUUUAGGAAGGUGACGAUAUUUUAGUUUCUGUUUUCGACGAGAAAACUGCAGCUGGAGACUAAAGUUCCCAUAAUGCACCAGGCAAAGUCAGAACAGUUAAUGGGAUAAGCUCCACCCCCUGCUCCUAAAAACUUACAAACACUCCUGAACAAACUUCAAAGCAACAGCUAGGACCCUUGGAAGGAUCCGAGAGCUCUUAUAGAUCUGGAUUUAAACAGAGUUGACAUCAGACAUACAAUGAUUUAUCUGGGAAGUUUCUUGAGCAGCUCUGAUUAAUAAUAGCAAUAUUCUUCGGUCAAUCGCAGGGAUCUCUGUGGAGACAAGCCGCCCUUAAUUUAGGAUAAAUUCCCCGUGUUAUGAUGGUAGCUGCAGUAAAUGCAUUACACAGAAAAGUGGUUUCACUGCAUCAGGUCUGUGUCUGUAAUAUUGGGGUUGUGUUAACUGACCAAUCAGACCUUUUCAGUUCCUUCCUAUCUUGUUCUUUAACCUUAAUGUUCGAGAUCUUCAGAAUAAGGGCUUCCUAUCCUGCAUGACUCUACAGGAUAAGAAAAUGCACUACCUGAGGUUGUGUUUACAAUAGAGACCAGAUGCUGAUGUUGUAUGAUGUAAUGGAAAAAAUAGGAUUUAAAAUUUAGAAAUGGCAUGACACCAGACUGAUGUCAGGUCUUCUAACUCCAGUCAUCUCCAGGAAUCUGUUUCCAGAAAACCUUUGGUGUUGAAAUGUCUGCUGUCAUUUAGAGUAAUUAUGACUGCCGGAUGAAUGUAGGAAAUAAGCUUUCAGAACAGGCGAAAGCCAGUGUUACUGUGGAUCGUUCUGAAUCAGAUGGUUCUGAACCUGAUAGUUCAGGAUGAGGGCUCAGGUCACAUUGAUAGCAGGUAGUUACAUUUUUCAAAAAUUCUUUUACCCUUCGUUUUUUAUUUAGUUAAGGCUGUCAAACGCAGUGAGAUUGUUUCUGUAGUUUUAAACGAAUUGUUAUUAAUCAAAGCUGCAGUAAGAACAGAAAUCUUCCCAUGAUUUUUCCAUGAAAAGUUUCUUCACUCCUCUGCUGGUCGGCUGCAGCAUUACAGAAUCGGGUCAAACAAGAGCAGGGAAACUUUGCAGCUCAGACGUGAAGGAGAGUGCAGAUCACGUUUAUCUUUUACUAUCUGUUGCACCAAAAAAGACAUUUUAUGUCUCUCAUUCUAUUAGAACCUAAAAUAAAAGAGGAAAUAGCACUUUUUUAAGUACACUUGCCAUGCUGAUUGUUUUAUGGGAAUUUUAAUACCAGAGUAAGCCCCAUUUGAGGCCACUGCAGAUAAGAUGAGUAGGAGCUAUGAUAUGAAGUGAGGUCAGGAUGUAGCCAAAUGCUUCAGUUUUAAACAUUAUUUUAUAUAUAUUUAACCCAAAAAUUGUGUGAUCCUGUUUGUGUGUCAAUAACAGAACUGUGAUGUAAAGAAUGUAAAGAUGAUUUUCAACAUGAAGCGAUCAAAAUAAAAUAAAAACUGCCUCGGAAGCACAGG